GUUGAGCUGCUGACGGGUUCAGUGUUGCAGCGUUGCUUGUUGGGCGCCCAGCUGACGGAGCGAAAAGUGGGGGCAGAGAACUUGUCCGCUCUGCCCAGAGGCGGCUGGGAGGCCCCCUGAGCCCCUGGUUGACGGCGGUGCCCUCGUUCCCGCCCCGCCCGCCGCCUCUCCCGGCUCCGUUCUUCUCACAGCCGGUGACCGAGGCCGCGCGGAUGAGGCCGGCUCAGGGUCCCAUGGCAGUGGCAGAAGUGGUUAUGGACCCCUUACAGGACUGUGUGGUCUUUGAGGACGUGGCUGUGUUUUUCUCCCAGGAGGAGUGGGGCCUCCUUGAUGAAGCUCAGAGACACUUGUACCAAGCUGUGAUGACCGAGAACUUUGCACUUGUGACCUCCCUAGGUUGUUGGCAUGGAGUCCAGGGUGAGGAGGCAUCUUCUGAGCAAGGUGUUUCAAUAGGGAUGUCAGAGGUCGAGACUCCAAAGCCAGACCCAUCCUCCAGGAAGGCCCAGCCCUGUGAGAUGUGUGGUCCGCUCUUGAAAGACUCUUUGCACCUGCCUGAGCAUGACAGAAUGUACCCUGAUCAAGGGCUCUACGUUUGUGGGGCAAAACUUUUCCAGUACCAGAAGGAGCAGGUUAGAGACAAACUUCCCAGAAGGGAUGCAGGGCAGCCUUCAUUUUGGACCAACAGCAGCAUUCACAUGGCGGAGAGGACCUUGACAUGCAGCGGAGAUGGAAAGGACUUCCCAGGGAGCACAGGCCUGCUGCAGCAACCAGCCCCUCACAGUGUGGGCAAGCCACAAAAGGACACUGAGUGCAGGGAAGCCUUUGGUAGUAGACAGAGUGAUUACAGGUGCACGCAGUGUGGGAAAGCCUUCAGCCGAGAAAAGAUACUUGUUGAGCACCAGAAAAUCCACACUGGUGUAAGACCUUAUAAGUGCAGCAAAUGUGGGAUGGCCUUCAUUAGAAAGUUUCACCUUGUUCAGCACCAGAGAAUCCACACUGGAGAAAGGCCUUUUCAGUGCAGUGAAUGUGGCAAGUGCUUUAGGUACAACUCCACACUUGUUAGUCAUCAGAGAGUUCACUCUGGAUUAAGCCCUUAUGAGUGCAGCGAAUGUGGGGAAUUCUUCAAGUACAAUGCCAACUUCAUGAAACAUCAGAGAAAGCACAAUGGGGAAAGGCCUUAUGAGUGCAGAGAAUGUGGAAAAUUCUUUAGGUACAACUAUAGACUGAUAAGACACGGGAGAGUUCACACUGGAGAACGACCUUAUAAGUGUAGUGAAUGUGGGAAAUUUUUCAGGUACAGCUCCACGUUCAUUAGACAUCAGAGAGUUCAUACUUCAGAAAGGCCUUAUAAGUGUAAUGAAUGUGGGAAAUUCUUUAGGUAUAAUUCCACACUCAUUAAACACCAGAGAGUUCACACUGGAGAAAGGCCUUAUGAGUGCAGUGAAUGUGGUAAAUUCUUUAGGUACACAUCUACCCUCAUUAGACAUCAAAGAGUUCAUACUGUAGAAAGGCCUUAUGAGUGUAGUUUGUGUGGGGAGUACUUUAAGUACAAGUCUAAACUCAUUAAACAUUGGCAAAAUCACACUGGAGAAAGGCCUUAUGAGUGCAGUGAAUGUGGGAAGGCAUUUAGGUACCACUGCAGACUCAUUAGACAUAAGAGAGUUCACAGUGGAGAAAGGCCUUAUGAGUGCAGUGAAUGUGGGAAAUUCUUUCGGUACAACUCCAACCUCAUUAAACAUUGGAGAAAUCACACCGGAGAGAGGCCUUAUGAGUGCAGAGAGUGUGGGAAAGCCUUUAGCCACAAGCAUAUACUUAUCGAGCAUCAGAAAAUCCAUACCGGAGAAAGGCCUUAUGAAUGCAGCAGAUGUCAGAAAGCCUUCAUUAGGAAGUCCCACCUUGUUCAUCACCAAAAAAUCCACAGAAGACAGUAUGAGUGCUGCAAAUGUGGGUAACUCUUCAGAUACAACUCCAACCUCAUGAAGCAGAGAAUUCACAGUGGUAAAGACCUUAUGAAAGGGCCUACUGUAUAGCACAGGGAACUAUAGUCAAUAUCUUGUAAUAACUUAUAAUGGAAAAGAAUCUGGAGAAGAAUUACACACACAUAUACAUAUGUAUAUAUAAACUGAAUCACUUUGCUGUAUACCUGAAACAUUGUUAAGUCAACUAUACUUCAAUUUAAAAACAGAAGACCUCAUGA